AUGAUGAAUAACAAUGAAACAAAAGUUCUUGUCACUGGAGCUUCAGGAUUCAUUGGAACCCAUUGUGUCGAGGUACUCCUCAAAAAUGGAUAUCGUGUACGAGGAACCGUCCGUGAUCUGAAAAACAAGGAUAAGGUGCAACCAGUCAAAAAACUGGACAAGAAGAAUCUUCUUGAACUUGUCGAAGCCGAUUUGUUAGAUGCGUCUUGUUGGAAAAAAGCAGUAGCGGGGUGUGAUUACGUACUUCAUGUGGCAUCCCCAUUUCCGAUCGUCUCAGAUGAGCGCUGCAUUACAACUGCCGUCGAGGGUACAAUGAACGUUAUGAGAGCAAUCGCCGAAGAUGGCAAUGUGAGAAAACUAGUGCUUACCAGCAGUUGUGCAGCUGUUAAUGAAGGGUAUAAGCAAGACAGAGUUUUUGAUGAGACUUCGUGGUCGAAUUUGGAGAGCGACUUGGUCGACUGUUACAUCAAAAGUAAAACUCUGGCUGAGAAAGCGGCAUGGGAUUACAUUGAGAGACUUCCAGAAGAAAAAAAGUUCCCAAUGACUGUGAUUAAUCCUACUUUGGUAUUUGGCCCAGCUUACAUCACUGAACAAGGUGCAAGUAUUACGCUGAUGCGAAAAUUCAUGAAUGGAGAGAUGCCAGCUGCACCACCACUCAACAUGCCCAUCGUCGACGUGCGUGAUGUCGCGUUGGCUCACUUUGAAGCUAUGCGACGUCCAGAAUCAGAUAACGAAAGAAUUUUGGUCACCAAUGUUCCUUCUAUUUGGUUUAUUGAUAUCGCUCGGAUUCUGAGAGAAGAGUUCAAAGGAAAAGGUUAUUGGAUUCCACGAUUUACUGCCCCAUACUUCUUUGUACGUCUCUAUGCUCUUUUCGACCCAGAAACCAAAGCAAGCCUCCCACGUCUUUGCCAAGAAGUGAAAUUUGAUAACUCUAAGGUUCAACGUUUGCUCGGAAUGACAAUGCGUGAUAGCAAGGAGGCUCUUAUCGAUAUGGCUCACUCGCUCAUCGACCUAGGCAUAAUUGAGAGAAAAUAA